UCUUUCAUAUUUGCGAUAAAAAUGGCUGAAACCGCUCCCGAUGCAUCUGAGAAACUGGUCGUCAUUCACUCCAAAGCUCACAGAGAUACCAUUCUAGCUAAUUUUGAAGAACAAAGGAAGAAAGAUUUUCUUUGUGACAUUACUCUGAUAGUGGAGAAUGUUCAGUUCAGAGCCCAUAAAGCUUUGCUUGCUGCCAGCAGUGAAUACUUCUCGAUGAUGUUUGUAGAUGAGGGUGAAAUAGGGCAGUCAAUUUACAUGUUGGAGGGAAUGGUUGCAGACGCUUUUGGAGCACUGCUAGAAUUUAUCUACACUGGUUAUCUCCAUGCCAGUGAAAAAAGCACAGAACAAAUUCUAGCUACUGCACAGCUUCUAAAAGUGAACGACUUGGUAUGGGCCUACGCAGACUAUCAGGCCAGCCACAGCCCAAGCAAUGCAUUACCUGCUCCAUCUAACAGUGGAGCUUCGGUAGCUAUUGCUGAAAAUGACAUGAAAAAUGGAGAUCCGCCAAAGCGGAAACGAGGACGACCAAGGAAGGUCAAGAAUGCCCAAGAAGAAAAACCAGGAGCAAAUUCUGCUGAAGAUGUGCAGCUGAGAGAGAAUAAUUCUAUGCAAAAUAAACAAAAUUUUAUGAAAAAAGACCUUGCAGCAGAAGAAACAGUUGUCAGUGAGCAGGUUCCCAUGAGGAAAGAUGCUGAAGAAACUGAGCGUGCUUGUGGCUCAGAAGCUGCUGUGGAUCUGUCAGCUGAGAAAGAUGAGAAUUAUGAUCCCAAAUCUCAAGGAAUACAGAGCACGCAGAGCCGUUACAGCAAACGCAGAAUAAAGAGAUCAAUCAAACUAAAAGAUUAUAAACUUCUCGGUGAUGAGGAAGAAAAAGGACUGGCAAAGAGAAAUGAUGGGAAAAAAAAACGUGCAGAGUCUGAAGCUCGCUGUAAAGACUGUGGCAAAGUAUUUAAAUAUAAUCACUUUUUAGCUAUUCAUCAAAGAAGUCAUACAGGGGAGCGCCCUUUUAAGUGCAGUGAAUGUGGCAAAGGCUUUUCCCAAAAGCACUCUCUUCAAGUUCAUGAGCGGAUGCACACUGGAGAACGGCCAUACACGUGCACAGUCUGCAGUAAGGCUCUAACAACAAAACAUUCUCUUCUGGAGCAUAUGAGCCUACAUACAGGGCAGAAGGCUUUUACAUGUGAUCAGUGCGGGAAAUACUUCAGCCAAAAGAGACAGCUCAAGAGUCAUUAUCGAGUACACACAGGCCAUUCAUUGCCGGAAUGUAACCAGUGUCGUCGCAAAUUCAUGGAUGCAGCUCAGUUAAAGAAACAUUUAAGAACGCAUACAGGUGAGAAACCAUUCACUUGUGAAAUUUGUGGCAAAUCAUUCACAGCGAAAAGUUCUCUUCAGACUCACAUUAGAAUUCACAGAGGAGAAAAGCCAUAUUCUUGUGGUAUAUGCGGAAAAUCCUUCUCUGAUUCCAGUGCUAAAAGAAGACACUGUAUCUUACAUACAGGCAAAAAGCCUUUCUCCUGCCCAGAAUGUUGUUUGCAGUUUGCCCGUCUGGACAAUCUGAAGUCUCAUUUGAAAAUUCACAGCAAGGAAAAACAGUUUCAGGAGGCCAGCAGUGCUCCAAGCAGCAACGCUAAUUCAGAAGAGGUGAGGAACGUUCUUCAGCUGCAGCAGUAUCAACUUGCCACCUCUGGAGGGCAGGAAAUUCAGCUGCUGGUUGCUGAUGCAGUGCAUAACAUAAACUUCAUGCCUAGUCAUAAUCAAGGUAUUAGUAUUGUUACUGCAGAAAAUGCCCCAAAUAUGACAACAGGGCAGGCUGCUAAUCUCACACUGCUUGCUCAGCCACCACAGCAAUUGCAGAACUUGUUGCUUUCAGCUCAGCAGAAUCAAGCAGAACAAAUCCAAAGUAUCAAUAUGAUGGCAAACCAAAUAGAGGCUGCCCAGCCUGAACAAAUGCAUGUCAUCACUCUUUCCAAGGAAGCCCUAGAACACCUCCAUGCUCAUCAAGGACAAAAUGAAGAAAUCCACUUAGCAGGAUCUUCACAUCCAGCUCGGCACAUGCAGUUGACUCAGGAAUCAAGUCAAGAGUCUCACGCGAGCCAAGAUGCGGUCCCUUCCCAUCGAAUCAGUGAUGAACAGAAUCAAAAUGUACAUGUUUCUGAAUGCCAUCAGCAAUCGCUGUCAGUAAAUGAGCAUCCUAUUCAAGGCCAGGCUUUUUGAAAUGCUUAUUUGCCCUCAGAGGGCUAGGCUAUAGCACGCUUCUCAUCCAAGCGGUGAUUACAUGUAUCGCACUUCCUUUUGUACCGUGUAAUCAAUUUGAAGAUGCAUUUCUUGGUGAUUUUUUUUGAUGGGUGGCAUACAAUUUUCUUACUUUUAUUUAUUUUAGACUUCUGUUAUUUCUGAUUGGUAUUUCUCCAUCAUUUAGUUCAUACCUCAGAAGUGAUUAAUACUUUUUUUGUGCUCAUACAAAUUUAUAUCUACUGGGGAGAUACUUGGCCCCUUUGUGCGUUUCAGUGCGCAUCUCCAGGGACGUGUACCUUGCCAGUUGAAAACUGUUUAGGAUGUCUGCUGAUGAGGAAGCAUGACUUCUCUGAUGGAGUCAGCGUUACCUGAACUACAGUCAGGCCUAAGAUGAUCAAUAUUUUUUGCAAAGAUAACACCAUUAUGUCUUAUGUUUAAUGAGCUGCUUCUCUCCAGGUUAAUGCGUAAUUUCCAAUGUGACUGUUCACUGAAGUGCAUUUUGAUUUACUGAAUACCAAAUUUGUUUAUGCUUUUGAUUGGAAUCAUUGCAGCCUUUGACUGGCUCUGGUUUGCCACUUCUAUUUACUGUAUGCUCUAAGAGUUUCACUCCUCAGAGAAAUGUUUAAACCAUUGCACUUAGUAUAGAGAUAAAGAGGUGCGGUGGUUAGACUGGACAACUUAAAGACCCAAAUUCUGUUCUGUUAAUUCUACCAGUCACUCACUGGGUGAUUGUGGGCAAUUCACUUGACCUCUGUGCCUUAGUUUCCUCAUCAAGGAAGUGGGGAUAACGUUCAUGCAUUCUGCCAAGCACUUUGAAGAGCUUUUGAUGUGGAAGGCACUGUAUAUGGAAAUGCAAAAUACCUUUCCUGACAAGAGUCAGUCUGAGCUUAGGAGCUAAUUUAUAAUUAAAGUGAUUUUUUUUUUUUGUACUUUUGAGAGCGGAAUGCGGUGCUACUUUUAAUAUACGUAAAAACUGGUAAUUGUUAUUGUGGAGACUUGAUAAUGAAUGGAAUUGCCUCAGAGCUUAAUGAGUUAUAUAAAUGGGGCAUAUCACAUUAAAGUUGUACAGCUAUUUUGGUUGACUAGAUGAGAUUUGUACAGAUUAUGUUUUCAGUAACUGACUGCUUACAAAAAAGAGUUAAUAUCUUAAUACAGUGCCACAGCAGAGUAUAUACUCUGCAGCUUCAAGUUCACUUACUGAUCACAUCUCACUUAACGUACUAGUGUGUUAAAAUCCAGAUAAAAUGCCAUUGGUACUUAAAGCAAUGUACACAAUUCUCACUUGAGUUUUGAAAUGUCAUAUUUGUGAUUUACAUUGAUAUUGGGGUAUAUUUCUGCUUUUAACAAAUAUACAAAUUAAGGAAUUUGCAGGUGAAUUUAAAAAACAAAACAUAACUGACCAGAGAGAGUCACUAGCACAACAUUCACAGAGCGUUUUAGGGUGCAAGAGACUUCCAGAGGUCAUCUGGUCUAUCGCCUUCCUCAAAGCACGUCCAACUAGAUCAGGUGGUUGUGCAGUUGAGUUUUGAGCAUCUCAAAGGAUGGAGCUCCACAACCUCUCUAGGCCACCUGGGACAGUAUUUGACCAUAUUCAAGGUGAAAAAAUGUUUUCUUGUAGCUAAUUGGCAUUUCCCAUGUCCCAGUCUGUACCCACUGCCUCUCAUCCUAUGACUACACCUCCAAGAAGUGUCUGGCUCUGUCUUCUCUACUGCCUCCCGUUAAGUAGUUGAAGGCAACAGUAAGAUCCUCCCAAAGCCUUCUCUGAAGGCAGACCCAGCUCUCUCAGCUUUUCCUUGUACCUAAUCUGCUCCAGCGCUCUAAUCAUUUCGGUGGCCUUCUGCUGCACUCACUCAGUACAUCAGUGUCUGCCCCUGGUGUCUGGGGAGCCCAAAUACUGGAUGCCAUUCAACAUCGAAAUACAAACUAUUCGGCUGGCUCCUGAAGCUGUGCUGCUGGAAGUCAGGUGUCUCAAUUCUUUUCAGAGUACUAGAUCAGUUGUUAUACAAAUCAAUAAUGAAGGGUAGACGAUAGGAAUAAAUUAAUACAAACAAUGACCUCCCACAGCAAAACUGCAGUUUGGCUUCUCGCUUUCUUUCCCCUCAGAAUGGAGAAAUACUAUUUGUGUACUCUGUGCCACCAAAGAGAAGCAGCAUGUUCUGCUGUUGUACUUCAGAAGCCUGAAGCCUCGAUGCUGCAAGAACAAAGGAAAAAUAGUGAAGCUCGUUGUAACGUCCACAAAAACUUGCUGAUUAACUGUAUAAAUAUUUAAGAUUAUAAUAAAUAUUCUGUUGCAUCCUAACAAUUUUGAUUUCAUCUGGAAUACUGUAAUGUGCAACCAUAAAUACUGUCUUACCAUAAGUUUACAGCAGCUUACACUGAGCUCCUUCUCUGCCGUAAUCUUAAUGUGCGAUUCCUGAAAUGCUUAAAAGCUAGUUACGUCUUUCUUAAGUUGAAUUCUAAGAUUAAGCUAAAUUCUAAGUCAAUUAACUGUUAAAUGCUUUCCUCUUUUUUUGAAUUUCAUUUGUCCAUUGUGAAGUUUUCCUUUUAGGAUGAGCAUAAUGCUACAGUUAUGUUUCAGCCACAAUCAUGUAGUGAUUGCUAGCUGCUUUCCCAUAACCAAAAAAGACAUUUUGUUUCUCAUAUUUUCUUAUGGUCUUAUUCUAUCAAAUUACCUAACAAGCAGUGAAUAGCACAACAGUGACUAAUCUUGUACUCUGCAUUGCUGAAGCUGUCAGCACGCAUUUUAGCUUGCACUUGAGAAAUGAGAAACUUAUGUUUCUCAUACCGCAAAUAUUGCUUUU